GCCCAACCAAACCAAGGCUGCCAGGUUCCGUCCUGUGGGCAACUGGGCAUAAACAGAAAACAGUAAGCUCUGAUUCUCCGGAGAAGCCAUCGAAUCGAAGUCAAAAUCUGAAAAUCAUCGCUAAUAAGAAAUUUGAAGUUCGAUUUUUCUCUUCAGAAAACUUUUGAGACAGAGAGUCAUGGCGGCAGCUCUCUCUUCCGUAUUCGUCGCCACCCCGGUUUCAUCUUCUUCGUCCAUCAACGCGACAAAACAUGGAAUCUCUGUUUCUUUUAAGUCAAACAGCCCUUUCGUCUACAAUCCCCUGUCUUCUAGUUGUUGCUCUUCUUCUUCUUCUUCGCAUCGAUUUCUUUCAAGAAAGUUUUGUAGAGUCAAAGCAACAACUUUGCAAGAUAAUGAGGAGAAGGUGGUCGUGGAGCCAUUCCAAGUGAAGGGCAUUCCUGACAACGAGGGGAAAGGAAGCGAUGCCGAUGGAUCAGAUAGUAUGUCAUCCAGUGUGUUGGAGAGAUGGGUCAUUAAGAUUGAACAGUCUGUGAAUAUCUUUCUCACGGAAUCGGUUAUAAAGAUACUUGAUACCUUGUACCAUGACCGCAACUAUGCAAGGUUUUAUGUGCUGGAAACCAUUGCAAGAGUUCCUUAUUUUGCAUUUAUGUCUGUUCUACACAUGUAUGAGAGUUUUGGUUGGUGGAGAAGAGCAGAUUAUUUGAAAGUGCAUUUUGCUGAAAGCUGGAAUGAGAUGCACCAUUUGCUUAUUAUGGAGGAAUUGGGUGGAAAUUCAUGGUGGUUGGACCGCUUGCUUGCACAACAUAUUGCAGUGUUUUAUUACUUCAUGACCGUUUUUAUGUAUCUCUUAAGUCCAAGAAUGGCAUACCAUUUUUCUGAAUGUGUGGAGAUGCAUGCAUAUGCUACUUAUGACAAGUUUAUCAAGCUCCGGGAAGAUGACUUGAAAAAACUGCCUGCCCCUGAAGUUGCUGUGAAAUAUUACAUGGGAAAUGAUUUAUACUUGUUUGAUGAAUUUCAAACUUCAAGGGCUCCCAAUUCUCGUAGGCCAAAGAUAGAGAACUUGUACGAUGUGUUUGUGAACAUAAGAGAUGACGAAGCAGAACAUUGCAAGACAAUGAGGGCUUGUCAGACUCGUGGCAACCUUCGUUCACCACACUCAUGUCCUGAAGAUGCCAAUGAAGAUGAUUUGGUUUGCAUCCUUCCUCAGGCAGAUUGUGAAGGUAUUGUAGAUUGUAUUAGAAAAUCUGUGACAUCUUCCGAAGAGAGUAAAAAAAAUUAAUGGAGAAGGGAAUGAAAUAAAUAAGAAUUGUAUAAAGAAAAAUAAAAAAUUGUUGAAUGAAUACGAGUUCUGGCAAUUGAGUCAAGGUCUCUUCUCAGUUUAUGCUGAAGUAGUACUUCCUCUCCUGAAUACAGUCGGAGGAAAGUUUUGAUAGAAUGAUCAAGUAUACAUUGUAUAUUCAACCAAUGGUGAAACAUUCUAAAUUUCUGAUUACUUGUAUAAUGUUACAAACACAGGACCUUCCUAUUUGGUGGGUAAAAAAAUUCUUUUAGAGAGUUGAUCCA